AUGGAAGUAUGUUAUGACUCGAGCCCAGGAAUUUCUGAUGAAAUGGAAGCAAAUUCAAAAACUAAGCAAAUGAGUGCCAUCAAUGUUGGUCAGGAAUUUGAAAACAGCGAUGACGAAACGGCGACCAUCAGUGCAUUUGCAUCGAGCUCGGUGGAAACGGUUGUAGAGAUGAAUGAAGCUAUUCAACAUUAUCAGUCACAAAAAGAUCUCGAAAAACGAGACGUAAACAAGAACAAAUUACUUACACCGGAAGAACUUACUUCAGUCUGUGUAACACGAGAAAUGUUAGAUAAUCCGCUUCUGAAGCAAUUGGAAGAGCAAAAGCAAAAAAAGGAUGCUUUGACAGAAAAUAUCGAGAAAACAAAAUAA